GCUUCUGUGUUGCGUCUCUCUCUCUCUCUCUCUCUCUCUCUCUCUCCACCACAGAAAUCCAAACCGGUAAAUGUUUUGAAUUCCACAUACUAUACUGUGACUAUAGUAGUAAUUUGAAGAAAGAAACAUGAUCCGAUCUCUUUCUAAACCUCACUUGCGCUGUUCUACAGCUAGAAGAAGUCAUUUCUCUAAACGCCCUUCUCUUCCCUCAAAAUCUCUCUCUACAGGGGUAAGCAGAAUCACGGUUCGAUUCGGGAGUGGAUUCGGUACAAGAUCGAUGUCGACCUCUUCGUCGCGUUCGGUGGACCAACUACUGAGUGGUAAGAAUGACGACCACGGAGGUGUUAUUGUGGAAAUGAGCACCGAGCCAGUGGACGCCGUCGUCUACGGUUCUUUACUCAGAGCUUCAAUUUUGCAUUGGAGGCAAGAGGGUAAGAAAGGGGUUUGGAUUAAAGUGCCAAUAGAGCUUGUAAGCCUUGUUGAACCUGCUGUUAAGGAGGGGUUUUAUUUCCACCAUGCAGAGCCAAAAUACUUGAUGCUUGUGUACUGGAUUCCUGAAACUCCUAGUACUAUUCCUGUGAAUGCCACUCAUCGUGUGGGUAUUGGUGGAUUUGUCAUGAAUGAAAAGAAAGAGGUGCUAGUUGUCCAAGAAAAGAAUGGAAUUUUACGUGGAACAGGAGUGUGGAAGUUUCCUACUGGAGUUGUUGAAGAGGGUGAAGAUAUCUGUGAUGCCGCAGUAAGAGAAGUAAAAGAAGAAACGGGAGUGAGUAACAAGAUUUUGAUUUUGGUUCGCCUAAAUUUUGCAAUUACACUUCUAGUAUGGAAGCACCCAUCUAUGGUUUUCGUGACUACUGAAUUUUGGCUGCUGCAGAUUGACACAAAGUUUGUGGAAAUAUUGGCAUUCAGACAGAGCCACAAAUCAUUCUUUGAGAAGUCAGAUUUAUUCUUUGUCUGCCUGCUGCAACCCCUUUCCUUCAACAUUCAACCGCAGGAGUCAGAGAUAGAGGCAGCACAGUGGAUGCCAUUCGAAGAAUAUACAGCUCAACAGUUUGUGCAGAAAAAUGAGGUUCUGAAGUAUAUCAGCGAUGUAUGCUUAUCAAAGAGAGAGGGGAAGUAUUCUGGGUUCUCUCCGGUGCCCACAAGUGGUAGUUUUUCUACUACGGAGAGCUACAUGUACUUGAACAGGCAUUGUCUUAACAGCCCCUAACUGGUUCUAAGUCUGCUAUUCUUUUUCUUUUUCUUUCUUUUGGGUGCACUAGGUCCUUGAUAUUCUGCAGUAGGGGGGGUGGUUAUUGUAAUUUUAACUGCAUAUUAUUUAUUCAUAUGUACAUUGCUCCUCCAGAUUAAGGAAGGUAUAAGAAAUGUGUCUUUUUAAGCUCUA